UAUAACGAUGCGAUCUGCAGUCGCGGCCGGUCGUCACUCGCAGCUCGCGGCCAGUUAGGGAAUGCGCACCGAUGUGGCUGCACGCGCUCUCGUCUGCGGAACUCCGUUGAUCUCGUGUGUGUUUCGUAUUCUGUGACCAUACUGUGUACCUGUGACCAUGAGGUGUUUAGUGCUUGUUUGUAUUGCGGCGUGUGUGAGCUCUGCCUCGGCGGCGGCGGCGUCCUGUCUCGCCGAAGACUUCUUCAAGAAACAUAAUAUAUCAGCUGAUGACAGCCAUGAGCCAGGUCUCAUUUGCGGAAGUCAAUGUUGUGGUCGGGGGAGAGAAGAUUCCUUACGUACCACUUUAAGAAGGAACGCAGAGGACAAGAUAGCAGCCGCCACCAGGCCUAUUGCUGAGCUGUUGUUGGCUACAAGAAGGACUUUACAAGAACAUCUGACAGCGUUAUCACAGCAGUCUCAAAACAAAACAGCUGUGCUAUUCUCGCAACUGUAUCGGAGUCACGCGACGAGAGCUCACGCACCUUUAGCGACAUUAUACGAUGACAUUCGAACGUUGCUACGAUCAAAUCCAGAAAUCGAAGACACGAAUGGGGUGGAUUUGGGAUCGCCGCCUCCAAAAGACAUGGCUCAGAGCACGAAAAAGUUCUUUCGAGAGGUAUUCCCGGUUGCGUAUCAGAACGUGCUGAGAUUGGACGCGAAGCAAUUCACCCCAGAGUACGAAGCGUGCUUAAAAGACGCUUAUGAUGCCGUUCAGCCGUUUGGCGAAGUGCCACAACAGUUGGGUGCAUCUCUAUCAAAAUCGCUUGAAGCGGCACGAGCCUUAUUGCAAGUCCUUGCGGUGGGCGCUGGUGCUCUGACAGCCAGUGAGCAAGUCAUUAAUUCCAAUGAGGAGUGCUCCAAUAAGAUCCUGCGGUUGGCUGGCUGUUCGAGAUGCAAGGGAUUCGAAGUCAGCCCCUGUAGAAGCUAUUGCCUUAAUGUUGCGAGAGGCUGCAUAGGUUCCCUAGUAUCAGAGCUGGACGCGCCGUGGGCGGGCUACGUGGAGGGCGUGGAGCGGCUCGCGCGCGCGGACGCGGACGCCGCGCUGCGGGCGCUGGACGCGAGGGUCUCGGAGGCGAUCAUGCACGCGCUUGAGAUUCACGUGAUUUUGGAGAAAAAGGUGCGGCAAGAAUGCGGUCCACCGUCCACCCUAGACACGGCCAGCAGCACCUCCCCACAGCCCACAGCCACGACCAGCAGGCGGGAUGCCCUCCGCGCGCCUCCACCGGACACUGAGCUAUUGCAAUUCGCUGCAACACUAGCAGCUAGCAAGAAACUCUUUGCGGGGUUGGCUGAUGGACUCUGCGAUGACACAGACUUCGCAGCUGAUGGCAAUGAGCACUGCUGGAACGGGGAAAGCAUUGGAGAUUAUACCAAAGCAUUGGUCGCAUCGGCUUCUAUAAGUGAUCAAAAAUACAAUCCAGAAGUUUCUACGGAGAUGAACCAAAAUUCCAAAAUUGCAGUUCUCGGAGAUAGAUUACGGCAAGCAAGACAAUUACUAGUAAAACACUCGUGGAGUACUCCAACAGCGGAAGCCUUCAUGCAGGGUGAUGAAGCAGGGGAUGAAGGGUCUGGUUCAGGGAGACUGUACACUGAUGAUGAUGCUUCAUAUGAUACUGAGGGGUCUGGUGAGGAGGGGUCUGGGUCACAUGAUAUUGCUGGUGGACCAGUAAGUGGAGAAGAAAAGACACACUCAGCGCCGCCCAAAGUGAACAGCAGCGCCUCAACUUUAGCUUCAAUGUCUUUCGGAAUUACAAUUAUUUUCCUUAUCUCAAGUGUCACUCUCUAAGUACUCAGUGAAUCAUAUCAUAUGUAAUAUGGAUUUGUGCAAUGAAAACUGUGACGUUUUGUGAGAUUACUCUCGUGUACUGAUUAAGAUAAACAUGAUUUUUUUGGAAAAUUUGAUUUCAAUAGUUCACGUUUUCUGUAUUGAAUUAUGCAUACGUAAAUUAAGGGUAAAAGUGUUAGCAAAAUUAAUGUUAGUGACUUUUUAAAUUCGUACAAACGCUACUAGAGGGUAGUCUGAUAAAUCCAAAUGUUCGGUGUGAACCCGUAGGCGUGUCUGUAGCUAGUCCCCGGUAUGAAAGCUUCCAAAUUAAACUAAGUUUAAUAUAAACUAAAAUGCUAUCGGCAUUGAAAAUAUCAUUUUGAAGUCUGCGAUUGUACAGAGCAUAUCAAAAUGUUAACUGUAUUUUGUAUAUAAUUUUCUCGUUUUAUAUAACUAGCAUAGGAAGAAUCUAAUAUUAUAUUGCAUUUAAUUGAGUGUGAAAUCGUCAUAAUAAGAAACAUAUAAAGAAUCUCUAUCGAUGUUAAUAUUAAUAUUAGCUGAUUGGCAAUAAUUCUCUUAGAAAAUAUAUAUCGGUUAGUAUAAUGAGUAUAAAAGUGUCGAUUGUAUAUGUGUACAUACCUAAAAUCCUACUGGUCUAGGUGCUUAGCUAAGUAAUCAUGUUUUGUUGCCAUAUUAUUAUUUAUAAUAAAUAUAAUUAAGUCAUAAUUUAAUCUAAUAUUAUGUGAUACAGGAUUACUAUAUUUAAGUUGACUUUGUUUAUUGUAGUAAUAUUUUAUAGAUGCUGUAUGGAAGGAUGGAUAGGGCCUAAUUUUAUAACAAAUUGCUUAUUGCUUAUGUAUGUAUCUAUUAGUAAGUCGCUCUUGGUCUACGAAUGUAGAGUUUUUACCUAAUACGUAUUACUUACAAGUAGAGUCUUUAUAGAUAUUUCAAUUAACUUCAAAAUACGUUAAUAUAACAUUUAGAAUAUCAUUCUAUGCAUAAACCAAACCAUUGUGAUACACAUUUAGUAAGCAUGAAGUGAUAAAGAAAAAUGUGUGCGUGUACUAGUGUACACAGUACCUACACACGUAAGAAGUGAAACUUCUUUAUGACCAUAAUUAUCAAAAAAUAAUUUACUAUAUGCAACUUUACAGAAA